AUGCCCUCCUCCCCACCACGCAUUGCCAUCAUUGGCGCCGGUCCCGCCGGCCUCUCUUUGGCCAAGCUGCUCACCCUGCCCUCCUCUCCGCGCGUCAAGGUGACCGUCUAUGAGCUGGACGCCUUCCCAACCUCGCGAACCGAACAAGGCGGCACACUGGACCUGCACGCCGACUCUGGCCUUGCUGCGAUCCGAAAAGACACGACGCUCUUCUACGAGGGCGCAUCGUCACCGCCAAAGAGCAAGGAAGAGCAGGACAGCGUCUUUAGUAGGCCUGAAAUAGACCGAAAGAAGCUCAAGGAGAUCCUGCUGGACAGCGUGCCGAGCGACAUGAUCAAGUGGUGCUUCCAUCUGCGCGAGGUCAUGGCAGACGGCAUGCUCCGCUUCGACGACAGGGAACACCUCGAGGGCCCGUUUGACUUGGUCGUGGGUGCUGACGGUGCCUGGAGCAAAGUGCGGGCGAAACUGAGCGACGUGGGACCGGUCUACUCGGGAGUGAGUGGGUACGAAAUGGAGAUCAAGAGCCCGUCAUCAUCGUGCCCGCACGUCGACAAGAUGGUCGGAAAGGGAAUGUACAUUGGACUCUCGGACGGCAAGUUUAUGAGUGCACAGCGGCAGGGCAACGACAGCCUCCGGGUGCGCAGCUGGCAGAUGCUUCCUUACGGCGAGACGGAAAGGGCGCUCAAGAGGGACGGAAAACAGGGCACAAAGGACAAGAUAUUGCAGGUGUACGCGGACUGGGACCCGCGAAUGACCGAGGUGCUCCGGCAGGCAGACGCAGAGACAAUGACGCAGUGGACAUUGCAUGAGCUGCCCGUGGGGACCAGGUGGGACCAUCAACAAGGCUUCACACUCAUUGGCGACGCUUCCAGUCUCAUGACGCCGUUCAGUGGAGAGGGCGUCAACAAGGCGAUGCGGGAUGCGCUCGACUUGGCAGCGUGCAUCGCAAGGAGUCGGGAUGGAACGGGGGAGCUCGCUUUGGAUGGAGCCGUGUCAAGGUAUGAAGCGGAGAUGUUUCCUCGCGCAGAACAGCACCAGAUUGAGACGGCGCGCAACAAAAGGAUGUUCUUUGGGCCGGCAGGAGCAGCAGGCUUCAUGGUCGGCAUACUGGGACACGUCACAAGAGAGAGCUCAUGGCGGCUGGGCCAUGCGCAGGUACUGGAGGCGGACAGUAUUGCUGCCAUGAACUACCUCGCCGCGCCCUUCAACUUUGUGGCCAAAAAUUUCAGUGUUCCUGCCUCGCACCUCUCUCUCCCCCGCGACUCGCUCUUCAGCCUGGCCGAUGUGCCCAGCCUGGCUGGCAAGGUCGCCCUCGUGACGGGAGGCAGUGAGGGAAUCGGACUGGCGUGCGUCAAGUGCUUGAUUGACCACGACAUUGAGAAGCUGUUUGUGCUUAGCCACCGACGCGGCGUGUUUGAAGAGGGUCUAGCGAGCAUCAAUGAGGCAAAGAGGAAGUUUAUCAAGUUGUGGCAGACGCUCAAGUGGGCAUCUGACCAAGGUCUGGGGACUUCCGGGCGCGCUGCGCUCUACUUUACGCCGUAA